CUGUCCCGUGAUGAUAAAUUGAGGAUGGUGGAUGGAACGGAUGCCUUUUUGAGGAACAUUUCUACCGGAAACCAGGACAGCAAGUAUCUCUCUUUCCCCUGGGUGGUGACUUUACUCUCCAGCGUGCUCAUCACCACCAUUAUAGUUGAUGUACUGGGCAACCUGUUGGUCAUUGUGUCAGUCUUCAGAAACCGAAAACUCAGGAAGGCAGGCAAUGCCUUUGUGGUGAGUUUGGCAGUAGCAGAUCUGGUAGUAGCCAUCUAUCCGUACCCACUAGUGUUAAGUGCAAUCUUCCAUGACCGCUGGAUUGCCGGUGAUAUUCACUGUCAAAUCAGCGGCUUCCUAAUGGGCCUCAGUGUUAUUGGCUCUAUUUUCAACAUCACAGGUAUUGCAGUCAACCGUUACUGUUACAUCUGCCACAGCCUUAAAUACGACAAGCUCUUUUCCAACAAGAAUACAGCAUGUUACGUCAUCUUGGUCUGGAUGCUGACUAUCCUGGCAAUCGUCCCAAACUGGUUCGUGGAGUCCCUGCAGUACGACCCACGAGUCUACUCGUGCACCUUCGCCCAAUCGGUGAGCUCGCUCUACACUAUCACGGUAGUGGUGGUACACUUCAUUGUGCCCAUCGGUAUCGUCACAUACUGCUACCUGCGCAUCUGGAUCCUUGUCAUAGAGGUUCGCAAACGGGUCAAGCCCGACAGUCGGCCCAAGAUCAAACCUCAGGACUUCCGAAACUUUCUCACCAUGUUUGUGGUGUUCGUGCUGUUUGCCGUCUGCUGGGCUCCUCUGAACUUCAUAGGCUUGGCGGUGGCCAUCCACCCCGGACUGGGUCAAGCCAUACCGGAGUGGCUCUUCACAGCCAGUUAUUUCAUGGCAUACUUUAACAGCUGUCUAAAUGGCGUGAUAUAUGGAGUGUUAAACAACAACUUUAGAAAAGAGUAUAAAAGGAUUGUACUUGCAAUUUUCAAGUUUCACUGUUAAAAGUUUUUUCGAGGAGACAACCACUGUGUCUUUCAUAAACUGGCGAAGACUAAAUUAUACUUCACUUUUACGCGUA